UGUGUGCACACAAGCCGACAGAAUGCUCACCAGAUCUGUUCUUUUAUUCCACGAGAACGAGAGGGGAAAAGAUCUCAAAUCACACUUGAUUUCAACACACCAAGCCAAACGACUAAUAACCCGCCCACAAAGAAUGAGACUAGGUUGAACUCGUCAUCCUGGAAAUACCAAUUAUAAUAUUAAGAGAGGCGUAAAAUUGUGUCAGGGAGACAGUACCUGACCUUUUAUUGAAAAGAGGAGGAGUCAAAGAUCCUGCGAGGGUUGGGACCUGCCUGGCCUGCAGUCAGUCCUCGGGGAACUUCCUGUGUCACCACACCUCUGGUCUGGCUCUGAGCUCCGGGAUCAGGGGAGCCAGCGAAGCUGCAGCCCGAAGCCCAGUGGAAACCGAGGCUCUGAGAAGCCAGUCGCCGCCCUGUGCCCACAUGCUGAGCUUCUACGUGUUCAUCAGCUUGGUGUCCCUCGUGAGGCCAGAUCCCGAUGAAACGUGCCCGUCGUUCACCAGGCUGAGCUUUCACAGCGCCGUGGUUGGCACAGGCCUAAACGUGAAGCUGAUGCUCUACACCAGGAGAAAUCUGACCUGCGCGCAAACCGUCAACUCCACAGCUCUGGGGCACCUGAACGUGACCAAGAAAACCGCCUUCAUUGUGCACGGGUUCAGGCCGACGGGCUCCGCUCCAGUCUGGAUGGGCGACUUGGUAGAGGGCUUGCUCUCUGUGGAGGACAUGAACGUGGUUAUCGUUGACUGGAACCGAGGCGCUACGACGGUGAUGUACCACUACGCCUCGAGUCGGACCAGAAAAGUCGCCACGGUCUUGAAGGAAUUUAUCGACCGUAUGUUGGCAGAAGGAGCUUCUCUGGACGACAUUUACAUGAUUGGAGUGAGUCUAGGAGCCCACAUAGCUGGGUUUGUCGGAGCGAUGUAUGAGGGGCAGCUGGGGCGGAUUACAGGUCUUGACCCUGCGGGCCCUCUGUUCAACGGAAGACCUCCCCAGGACAGAUUAGAUCCCGGGGACGCGCAGUUCGUUGACGUCAUCCACUCUGACAUUGAUGCACUGGGCUACAAGGAGCCAUUAGGACACAUAGACUUCUACCCAAAUGGAGGAUUAGAUCAACCUGGCUGCCCCCAAACGAUAUUUGGAGGAUUGCAGUACUUUAAAUGCGACCACCAGAGGUCCGUGUACCUGUACCUUGCUUCUCUGAGAGAGAACUGCACUGUCACUGCGUACCCCUGUGACUCCUACCGGGACUACAGGAACGGCCAGUGUGUGAGCUGCGGUGUGCCUCAAAAGGAGUCCUGUCCCAUUCUGGGCUACUACGCGGACGACUGGAAAGACUACUUACUGGAGAACCACCCUCCGAUGACCAAGGCCUUCUUAGACACAGCCGAGAAGAAGCCAUUCUGCAUGCAUCACUACUUCGUGGAUAUCAUAACCUGGAACAAGAGCGUGAGACGAGGCUCCAUUACGAUCAGACUGAGGGACGGAGCUGGAAGCACCACAGAGUCCAAGAUCGAUCAUGAACCUGCUACAUUUCAGAAAUAUCACCAAGUGAGUCUGCUUGCGAGAUUUAAUCAAGAUCUGGAUAAAAUAGCAGCCAUCUCCUUAGUGUUCUCCACAGGGUCUGUCGUUGGCCCAAAGUACAAACUCAGAAUUCUCCGCAUGAAGUUAAGGUCCCUUGCCCAUCCAGAAAGGCCCCAGCUGUGUCGUUACGAUCUUGUCCUAAUGGAAAACGUCGAAACGGUCUUCCAGCCUAUUUCUUGUCCGAAGCUGCAGAUGUAACUCCUGUCGGGCCCAGCACGGUGAUAGCAAGAAAGCUACAACUACACGCUGCUUUAAAGCAUCGCCUCGCCUUCUCGAGGCACAGAGAGUACAGCGAAACCAAAGGUCUCCUCAGUGGUGUCCCGUGGAUGUCACAUUGCGGAGCGUCAAAGCCGACCUCGUGAUUAUGAAACAGUCCUGGGAAGGGAGCCCUAACUAGGGCAAGUCAGAAAUAGCCGGCCUCUGAAAGCCCAGUGCUUUUCUGGCUGCAUCCCGGGGCCUCAUUUGUUCCGACCCAUCGGUUCUGCGGCCCGUCAGGCGGGUGGUUCUGUCCAUCACGGCUGUGGGUCAAGCAUCUUAAAGGGAAGGACCGGCUGGACAGCUUGGUUUGGAUGCGACCUCGCAUUUCCGGUGCCAGAUUCCUCCAGAGCCCUGUGCAGGCGGUAAUGAAACUGCCCUACCUCACUGGGCUGCGUCCUGCAGGUUGGGAGGCUAGUCUAUGAAGGCUUUUUGAAAUCCCAUGGGUGCCACGCCUGUGACAUGUUUGAUAAAUGUGACCGUGUUUUUAUUUAUUUUGCUAUGGCUUAUCAAGAAUGCAGUUAGGGAGGCUCUUCUCAGCAACCCCAGCUUCUCUCAGGCUGUCUGUCUGCUCUGGGAAGGCUGAGAGCCCACCCCUGGCUUCCGGCCUCUCUAAAGCACUGUUAGGGCAGAGAGGGGGUGGGGUGGCCCCAGUCACUCGGCAAGUGCUGGGAGAGAGCGCAAGUGGGUGGGGGAAGGACCGAGGGAGCCUGGGGCCUUGCAGCAGCACCGGGACAGGGCGUGGAGCAAGAGGCAGCCGAGGAAAAGGCAGAGCUUGUGUUUCACCCAGUGCAGAAGGAGCACUUUACGAGCGCCCUCAUUUUAAGCAACACUCCAGCCGUGUUUGCUCUUCCUUAUCGCCAAUGCGAUCCGUGGUUAUUGAAGAAAACCAAGAACGAGCGUAGAUGCAAAGUGCAGACCUCACUGUCCACACUCCCUGUUAGAGGUGACUGAGGGUAACCUUUCGGGACAGGGUCGCAACCUGUUCUACUAACGUGCACAAAGCUGAACUGCUCUGCUCCUGGAGCCUUGCAAGCAGUUCUGAGAAUAGCAGUUCUUAGGCUCCCCUGGAGCGGUGAAGUCAGGAGGUCUCAGAGAGGCCAGACUGAAGGGAGGGUGACUCCUGGGGCAGGUGCCCAGGUGAGGGUGGGCACGGCAGGGAGGUCCCUGGGGUUUCUGAGCACCACAGGCCCGGCAGCCUGUUCACCCAAGUGCCCACUCUCCUCCUGCUUUCUGUGAAGGCAGCUCUUGUAAAGAAAUGGGUUAUUUUAGGGUACAGGAUUUGUAAUUACAUUGCUGUGUGACACGUCUUACAGAUUUAUGUGUGUAUCAAAUAGAGUCUACAACAAUGAAACGUAAAUAAGAAACUAUAAAAUAAAUAAAAAAUUUAA